AUGUCUGACACCGACGAGAUGACCAUCAAUCUUCUCUUGGUUGGAAGGACCCAAAGUGGCAAAAGUGCUGCUGGAAAUACCCUUCUGGGCAGCUUUGACUUUGACAGCCAUCUAUCCCCAAGCUCCGUGACCACAUGCUGCAGUCUCGGAUGCAGCUGCCGCAUCUCAGGCUUCACACGCCGAAAUGGCCAUGAGCUAGCCCUGCGGGUUCACGUGAUGGACACACCAGGGUAUCCUCACAGCAGCCUGAGCAAAGAAGAGGUGCAGCAAGCGAUGAGGGCAGCUCUGGCUCAGCACUUUGGAGACGAGGGCAUUCACCUAGCAUUCUUGGUCCUGAGAGCUGACUUGCCUCUUUGUGAGGAAGAAAGUCACACGAUUCAGCUAGUCCAGGAACUUCUGGGUCCCACAUGGAAAAACUUCACUGCAAUUCUAUUUACGCAUGCAGACAAGGUAGAAGAGGCAGGAUUAAAUGGAGACAAAUACUUGCAUAUUGCCUCUGAUACCCUGUUAAACCUUUUGAGCUCAAUACAACAGAGAUAUAUUUUUGUAGACAACCAGGCAAACACUCUCCAACAGGAAAGAAAAACAAUCUUAAGAAAAAUCAUGGAAUUUAUAAGACAAAAUAGUUACCAGGUGCUUCUAGUUAAAUAAAUGGAUGGGGACAAACACAAAUUACCUCUCAGGUACUCAUUUACUGACAGCCAUCUUCUUUUCUACUUUGGGAUAAAAUGACAUGCGGAGAUGAGGACUCUAGAAGUCAGCACUAAAUACUUGGGGUAUUCAUGCCCAAAUCAACAUUUGCAUUUAACUUAUCAUAAAAUAGAUGAAAACUGUUUAGACUACAAAAUUAGCUACCAUAAACAUGUAUAGUAUGCCUAUCACCCUACUAUCUAACAGCCAUUAUCACACCAGAUCAGAUUCAGGUUGAAUACUGGACAGUGUCCUUAUUACUGUGUUUACUGAUAUUACACCACAGACCAUCAUGUUUUAUAUUGUAGCUCACAAAGAGCAGGUUACUGAGUAGAAAAUAAGAAUAUGUAUGUUCUAAACCAUUGUAGUGUUGCUGUGCAUUAUUGAAUAGUUACCACAUCCUGCCUGAAUUGGCUGCCCUUCAGAUUCUUAUUUUUUGCACUUGAUUCUAGUCUUUACUAAGAUAGAAGCACAUAGUUUGCAAAGACCUUUCAGAUCUUACAGUUUGAAAGUCUCGUACUGUAAUCUAUUUUUCCCACCUUGCUUCAUAAUGAAACCUAAUUUGAACAGUUUUAACUUCUUAAAGAAUAUCAGACCUCGUUGGCUGAGUAGAUUAUAAGGCAGUUCGAAUAAUCUUCAAAACAUGGGAGCUAUUUAGAGUAUUUGGAAGAACUAAUUAUUGUUGCUAGUUCCGAGAUGUAUGCAAAAUUAGUACUGUGGGGGUAUAUACACAAAGCACAUCUAAAAACAUUUGUAUUCAUCUUU